AUGUGACGUGGCUGUAUUGAACUGGUUGAAGUUUGGAUAAGAAAUUCCCCGUUUUCCCUUUUCAUCGUUUACUGCGUGUACAGUCUUAAGUAGUCGUGCGUUUCCAGCACAGUCCAUUUCUUAGUUGCCUUCACGUUGAAAAUGAAGUUUUUACUUAUUUCUUGCUUGUUCGUUGCCUCUAUCUUUGCCGAGGAACUGAAAGUUGAUGUCGUUUCAUUGCCUGACACAUGCGAAUCCAAAUCGAAAAAUGGAGACAUUCUAUCAAUGCAUUACACCGGUACCUUGUUGGACGGCACCAAAUUUGACUCGAGUUUGGACCGCAACCAACCCUUCCAAUUCCAGAUAGGUGCUAGCCAAGUUAUUAAAGGAUGGGACCAGGGCUUGCUUGACAUGUGCAUUGGUGAAAAACGUAAACUUACAAUCCCACCUGAGUUGGGAUAUGGAGACAAGGGAGCUGGAAACAUCAUCCCUGGUGGUGCCACCCUGCUUUUUGAUGUUGAGUUGAUGGGCAUUAACCAAGCUCCUCCUCCUCAGAAUGUGUUCAAGCAAAUUGACAUUGAUUCAGACAACCAAUUGUCCAAAGAAGAGGUGGCAGAUUACAUUAAAAAGCACAUUCCACCACCUGAGCAAGCUGAAGAGACUGCUACCGAAGAGGGUACACCCCCACAGGAUCCACUUAAGAUCACUGAAGAAAUCUUCCAACACGAAGAUCACGACCGAGAUGGCUACAUUUCGUUCGAGGAGUUUUCAGGACCCAAACACGACGAGCUCUAAGUCCUCCAAGUCCGCACACAUUUGAUCCAGCUUAAAAAUCUCAGGUUCGCGGAUAUUUUGACAGACAAAUUGACAAACUCAAGCUCGAAGGUGCCUUUAUUACUGACAAGAUUGACGAAGAUCACGCUCGCCUCGUGGAGCAAAUAUUCGAAACCGAAGA